AUGGCUAGAUACGACGGCAAUAGAGAUUUGUUAAUAACUGAAAAUGAAACCCUGCAAGCACAGCUGCAGGAAGCUGCCGUACAAUUGGCAGAACUACACGCACAAUUGGCCGUUAGUGAAGAGAUUCAAAAUCAGCUUGACAAUGCAUUGCAGCAAAUCAAUAACCGGGACCAGCUAAUCGCUCGCUUGAGAGCUACUGGUAAUAACGAUGUGGAAUCGAUCAGAGACACUCUUAAAAGAAAUCUCAGGCCCACAGUUGACGAAAGAGACCGAACCAUAAACGCUCUGUUGGGGGGAAUCGCCAAGCUCAAGGAGCUUGUAGCAAACCGACCGACGACGCAAACCAAGGACACUGAGACCGAACGGCUGAAAGAAGAAUUAAUUUCCACAAAAAAAGAGAACAAAGAGCUACGAAACGAACUAGCGGCGCUAAGAAAAACCGUUGAGGAGUUGAAAAAGCACUUUAUGGCCAAAAAGGCAGGCGAGCCCAUCAAAUCGAUGGGGCCCCCAGUCAUCAACCGUGACCCGAGAGCAAUGUCGAUCGACAGAAUGCAAAAUAUCCAGGCAACCCUAGAAACAGCUACAGCUGCACCAAACACUACACACUCGAACAACCACCUCAACACCAACAAGCUCAUCUCACACCGUAGUCUACCCGGGGAAAUAGUCCCCUACAUACUAUCCGAAACAGCCAGCUGCUCUGUCAGGGAGAAAGCCUUCACCCCUGCACCGGCCCCGACCGGGGUAGUACCGACUCCAGUCGACGAGCCUCCGGCGGCUGCUGGUGUAGGGGACCCGGCUUUACCCCGGACAACUCACCCCUCAGCUCUAACACCGAGAAGACAAAGAAAGGAAUCCGACCCUUACCGACCAACUACUAGUACUAAGCAACCAACGAAUGACAGGCUUCGCAUCGUGCAAUCAACUGAAGACAUAGUCAACCCAAUCCGUGCGGACCCCUUGCCAUACCCACUGUGGUCACUGGAAGGGCAGCCCGCUAGUCCACCCAAACACGACUGCCAACUGAGCUACUCCUCCACUAAUCUCAGCAGCACAAAACACGACUACAAGUCAACCGAAAAUUUAAACCACAACAUAACAUCCGAAACUGUCAGUCGCACGUUCAGGGAGAAAGCCUUCUCCCCUGCGCCGGCCCUGACCGGGGUAGUACCGACCAUAGUCGACGAACCUCCGGCGGCUGCCGGCGCAGGGGACCCGGCUUGCCUCCGGGUAAGUCGCAAUACACCCCCUGCCAUCAAGGAACCGUACUCCUCUGAAUCUCUUCCAGACAAACAAACAUCGAAGGGAAACCGACAUCUACUGACGAACCCUAGCACAAAGCAACCAACGAAUGAUCACACUAAAAGCUCAUCCCACCGAGAACCAAGCCCCGUUGCCGGAUGCUCUUGGCACCCAAUUAGGUUCCACACCUGGCAAUCGACUGAAUUCGCUUCAGUCAGCCUAACCCGCGUUGACCUCCCGAACCACCACCAACAACCGCAUUCCCCAACCGGUGAACCGGACUCUCCCAGCCGGAAUCCACCCGGAAGCCUCAGCGCACGACAGCCGAGACACAAAGUUAAUAGGGACAUACAACGCCAAACAGCACAUCAGAACAAACCAAAACAAGUAAAACCGCAUCCAAAGGACUCAACACAACGAUCACCCAGUCCAAUCGCCGGAUGCUCCCGGCACCCGGUAACCUUCCUAACAAGACGCACAACAAACGAUACUCCAGUAUUAAGCCACCGAGAUAUAACCAACGAAUCACACCCCGUAACCGAGAAUAUCAAGCGUAAGAGCAAUAAGGAAAAUGCCUUCUCCCCUGCACCGGCCCUGCUCGCGGAUGUACCGGAUCCCACCGAUGAACCUUCGACGGCUGCCGGUGCAGAGGGCCCGGCUACCCCCCGGGUAAGUUCAGCUCUCCAAUCCACACCCCGAGAACAGCUAAGCGCCCCGAACCCUCUUUCAGAAAAUCUUUGCCCAGCAGACGUUUUGGAUAUCACACGUCCAGGAAGACGAUUGACCGGCCAAACUCACGCGGACCCUUUGCCACACCCCCGACGGUCGCCGAAAGGGCAGUCCGUCUGUCAAACCGAACAUCCAACUGAAAAACAAACCGCCAUAUCCGAAAUAGAUAGCUGUACGGUCAGGGAAAAAGCCUCCUCCCCUGCACCGGCCCUGACCGUGGACGUCCCGGUUCCGACCGAAGAACCUCCGGCGGCUGCCAAUGCAGCCCCCCCCGGACAGCACGCCCAGCCUACACCGACGACGGAUAUACCUACUCCAUCAGCCAGCCUACCAGCCGACCCAAAUCCUACGGAGCUCGCGGUCUGUCUACCCUCGCCGUUCAGUGGAACAUCAACGGACUGA